AAUGGAUCCCUCCAUGGGCCAGGAGCGGAGAACACCGGUCACCCCUUCCUCGUCCUCCCGCUAUAACCGACGGCGGUCCUCAGGCUCCCGGGAUGAACGCUACAGAUCAGAUGUGCACACGGAGGCCGUCCAGGCUGCACUGGCGAAACAUAAAGAAAGAAAAAUGGCUGUGCCGAUGCCUUCUAAGCGCCGAUCACUGGUGGUUCAGACCUCCAUGGAUGCCUACACACCGCCAGACACUUCCUCUGGAUCUGAGGGGGAGGGUCAGGGCGAUGGCGACGAGGAAGUAGGAGGAGACGGAGAAGAAGAGGAUGGCGGAGGGGGAGGAGGAACUUCAUCCAGCAGAGAGGGUAGCAUCAGCAUGGAGCACUGGAUCAGCAGGGCGGUCCACGGCACAUCCUCCACCACCACCACCUCGUCCAACGCCUCCUCAUCCUCCUCUUCUACUCGUAGCGGAGGAAGCGGGGCGGCCGCUGGCAGGCUGGCUGAUGUACUGGCCCAACACGUCCAUAUCUCCUCCCAGCACCACCUUCGCCACCAUCGUCAUCAUCAUCAUCAUCACCGUCAUCAAAAAACAGAAAACCACUCCGCUCCCCCAGAUGUGACCGGCUACACUAACAACACAGCCAACACCACCACAACAGACGGGAUCCAGGUGGAGCGGGCCCCAGGCGGCGGGAACGCAGCCCAGAGGCAGACCCCUAAAUAUGGAAACGCAGAGCUGAUGGAGACCGGAGACGGUGUUCCAGUCAGCAGCAGAGUUUCAGCCAAGAUACAACAACUCGUCAACACGCUGAAGAGACCCAAACGGCCUCCGUUAAGAGAGUUCUUUGUGGACGACUUCGAGGAGCUCCUGGAGGUCCAGCAGCCAGACCCCAAUCUGCCCAAAGCUGAGGGGGCUGAGAUGGUGGCCAUGCGGGGCGAGCAGCUGGGCGUGGUGACCAACUGGCCCCCGUCUCUAGAGGCGGCGCUGCAGAGGUGGGGCACCAUCUCUCCAAAGGCGCCCUGUUUGACCACCAUGGACACCAACGGCAAGCCGCUCUACUCGCUCACCUACGGUAAACUUUGGUCCAGAAGUGUGAAGGUGGCCUACAACCUGCUGCACAAACUGGGAACCAAACAAGAACCACUAGUCAGACCUGGAGACCGGGUGGCGCUGGUCUUCCCCAACAAUGACCCUGGUGCCUUCAUGACGGCUUUUUACGGCUGCCUGCUGGCUGAGGUCGUCCCCGUGCCGAUAGAGGUACCGCUGACCAGGAAGGACGCCGGCAGUCAGCAGAUCGGCUUCCUGCUGGGGAGCUGCGGCGUCACCGUGGCUCUGACCAGCGACGCCUGCCAUAAAGGCCUACCCAAAAGUCCCACCGGAGAGAUCCCACAGUUCAAAGGUUGGCCCAAGGUUCUGUGGUUUGUCCCAGAGUCCAAACACCUCUCCAAGCCGCCCAGAGACUGGUUCCCCCAGAUAAAGGAUGCCAACCAGGACACCGCCUACAUCGAGUAUAAGACCUGUAAGGACGGCGGUGUCCUCGGCGUCACCGUGACGAGGAUAGCCAUGCUCACACACUGCCAGGCCCUCACUCAGUCCUGCUCAUACACAGAAGCUGAAACCAUAGUGAAUGUAUUAGACUUCAAGAAGGAUGUAGGACUGUGGCACGCUAUCCUGACUAGUGUGAUGAACAUGAUGCAUGUCAUCAGCAUUCCCUACGCCCUCAUGAAGGUGAACCCUUUGUCCUGGAUCCAGAAAGUCUGCCAGUUUAAAGCAAAGGUGGCGUGUGUGAAGUCCCGGGACAUGCACUGGGCCCUGGUGGCCCACCGGGACCAGCGAGACGUCAACCUGGGCUCCCUGCGGAUGCUGGUGGUGGCAGACGGUUCCAAUCCCUGGUCGAUCUCGUCCUGUGAUGCGUUCCUCAACGUCUUCCAGUCCAAAGGUCUAAAGCCGGAGGUGAUCUGUCCCUGUGCCAGCUCCCCGGAGGCUUUGACUGUCGCCAUACGGAGACCGUUGGAGGAAGGUGUGACCCCUCCCAGCCGUGGCGUGCUCUCCAUGCACGGUCUGAGCCACGGGGUGAUCCGGGUCGACUCGGAAGAGAAGCUGUCUGUUCUAACUCUUCAGGAUGUGGGUUCCGUCAUGCCUGGAGCUUUAAUGUGCGUCGUGAAGCUGGAAGGUGUUCCUCAGCUCUGUAAAACCGAUGAAAUCGGAGAGAUGUGUGUUUGCACGGUUGCCACGGGAUCCUCCUAUUAUGGUCUGGCUGGUAUGACGAAGAACACCUUUGAGGUGUUUCCCGUGUCCAACAACGGGACGCCCAUCAGCGAGUUUCCCUUCACCAGAACCGGUCUGCUGGGAUUCAUCGGACCUGCUGGUUUGAUCUUUGUCGCUGGGAAGAUGGAGGGGCUGAUGGUGGUAGGAGGGCGGCGCCACAAUGCUGACGAUAUUGUAGCCACGGCGUUAGCCGUGGAGCCCAUGAAGUUUGUCUACAGAGGCAGGAUAGCUGUGUUUUCCAUCACCGUGCUUCAUGAUGAGAGGAUCGUGGUCGUAGCUGAGCAGCGACCGGACUCCACCGAAGAGGACAGCUUCCAGUGGAUGAGCAGAGUUCUGCAGGCGAUAGACAGCAUCCAUCAGGUAGGGGUGUACUGCCUGGCUCUGGUGCCCUCCAACACCCUGCCUAAGACACCUCUGGGUGGCAUCCACCUCUCAGAGACCAAGCAGCUCUUCCUGGAAGGGGCUCUGCAUCCCUGCAAUGUGCUGAUGUGUCCACACACCUGCGUCAUCAACCUACCCAAACCCCGGCAGAAGCAGCCAGAGAUCGGCCCUGCCUCUGUGAUGGUGGGGAAUCUCGUGUCGGGGAAGAGGAUCGCUCAGGCCAGCGGCAGGGACCUGGGUCAGAUCGAAGACAAUGACCAGGCAAGGAAGUUCCUCUUCCUGUCGGAGGUGUUGCAGUGGAGAGCGCAGACAACCCCGGACCACGUCCUUUACACACUUCUUAACUCCAGGGGGGCGAUAGCCAGCUCUUUGACUUGCGUUCAGCUGCAUAAGAGAGCAGAGAAGAUCGCUGCUGUGCUGGGCGAACGGGCCCACCUGCAGGACGGAGACCACGUCGCACUGGUUUACCCUCCAGGUAUCGACCUCAUCGCUGCAUUUUACGGAUGCCUUUACGCCGGCUGCGUCCCGAUCACAGUGCGUCCUCCUCACCCCCAGAACAUCGCCACCACGCUGCCCACUGUCAAGAUGAUUGUGGAGGUGAGCCGGUCAGUGUGUGUGAUGACCACACAGGUCAUCUGCAAGCUGCUGAGGUCAAAGGAGGCGCUUGCGGCCGUGGACGUCCGAACAUGGCCGCCCGUUAUUGACACAGAUGAUUUGCCAAAGAAGAAGCCUCCCCUGCUGUAUAAACCGUCCAACCCCGACACCCUGGCCUACCUGGACUUCAGCGUCUCCACCACAGGCAUGCUAGCUGGAGUCAAAAUGUCUCACACCGCCACCAGUGCCUUCUGCCGCUCCAUCAAGCUGCAGUGUGAGCUCUACCCAUCCAGAGAGGUCGCCAUCUGCUUGGACCCCUACUGCGGCCUGGGCUUCGUCCUCUGGUGCCUUUGCAGUGUUUACUCAGGUCACCAGUCCAUCCUCAUUCCUCCCUCCGAGCUGGAAGUGAAUCCGGCUCUCUGGUUGUCGGCCGUCAGUCAGUACAAAGUCCGUGACACUUUCUGCUCCUACAGCGUCAUGGAGCUGUGCACCAAAGGCCUGGGCCUGCAAACUGACUUACUAAAGUCUCGAGGGGUAGACCUGUCCAGGGUGAGGACGUGUGUGGUGGUAGCAGAGGAGCGUCCCAGGAUAGCCCUGACGCAGUCCUUCUCCAAACUCUUCAAGGACCUUGGACUCCACCCACGGGCCGUCAGCACCUCGUUCGGCUGCAGAGUCAACCUGGCCAUCUGCCUGCAGGGUACAUCAGGACCCGACCCCACCACUGUGUACGUGGAUAUGAGAGCGCUACGACACGACAGGGUAAGAUUAGUGGAGCGGGGGUCCCCACACAGUUUACCACUGAUGGAGUCUGGGAAGAUCCUGCCUGGAGUCCGGAUCAUCAUCGCCAAUCCGGAGACCAAAGGGCCGAUGGGGGAGUCACAUCUGGGAGAGAUCUGGGUGCACAGCGGCCACAACGCCAGCGGAUACUUCACCGUCUACGGAGACGAAGUUCUUCAGUCGGAUCAUUUUAGCUCCAGGCUCAGUUUUGGCGACACUCAGACGGUUUGGGCUCGGACCGGAUACCUGGGCUUCCUGCGGCGGACCGAGCUCACAGACGCCAGCGGAGAGCGUCAUGAUGCUCUGUAUGUGGUCGGCGCGCUGGAGGAGGCCAUGGAGCUGAGGGGGAUGCGUUACCACCCCAUCGACAUCGAGACCUCUGUUAUAAGGACGCACAAGAGCAUCACAGAAUGCGCCGUGUUCACCUGGACCAACCUGCUGGUGGUCGUGGUGGAGCUCGACGGCUCCGAGCACGAGGCCUUGGACCUGGUUCCGCUCGUCACCAACGUGGUUCUGGAGGAGCACUACCUGAUCGUCGGGGUGGUGGUCGUCGUCGACAUCGGAGUCAUCCCCAUCAACUCCCGCGGCGAGAAGCAGCGCAUGCAUCUACGCGACGGCUUCCUGGCCGACCAGCUGGACCCCAUUUAUGUGGCCUACAACAUGUAGCGCCCCCCAGUGGACACAAAUAGACCUAUCCAGGACAGUGAGGAAAAACUGAAGGCCAUGUGGGCCAAAUUAGCCCUGUGUUUCGUCUUUCAGGCAGAGCUAUACCCCAGUCGGGUUUUGGUUCCUCACCAUGAGGUCCUGGUUUGUCUGAUGGAAAGGGAAGCUGGAUCCUAUCAGGGCACAAUAUGGCUGAUGUCAGAAAGGUUUUGGCUCCACAGCAACAUCUGGCUCACUCUAUAGUUUCCUGUUUUAUCUCUAAAUGUUGGAAAAGUCAAGGCUAUUUUUUUGAAGAUGAUAUUUACACAAAAAAAAAAUAUUUUGUGUUUUUACGACCAUAGCAAAGAGCGGGAUAUGUUUGAUACAAGGGCGGGGUCUAAGGACAGCUAAUCACAGCUGACCCUUUUGUUUUAUCAUGAGGUACUUUGAUUUAGCGUUGGAUUUUUUUUUAAAAAUCUACCAGCUGGUCCAUUUCACCAGGUGCUCACAUCCACACAGCUGCAGCCUUUGACUCUGUUUAUUUUUCCAUAAACAGCUCCUAUCAUGUAAGUAUGUACAAAAAUAAACCGAUUUAAUUUAUUUUCUCUUUUAGAAGUUUAUGAUUCAAGAAUGUUUUGGCUCUUGAAUAUUUGCUAAUAUAAAAAAAAAAAAGUGUAUUAUCUCGAGUGAAACAGAUUCACAUUAAACAUAUUAUCAAAAAAAAAAGACAAAUAUAUGAUGAUAGAUUAUAUUGAAGAUGAAGAGUAAUGUCUCAGUGAAAAGCAGGUUGAUUUAUGAUGCUGUUUGUCUGCUUUUUGGUCUGAAAUGUGUCCAGUUUAAAUAUUUUUAUAAAGUUUUAUUCCAACUUAGAACAAAAUAUACACCCUAUAGUCCUGCGCAUUGGAAAUAAAGUCCAAGUGAAAUUAAUAGAAGCCUGUUCAAUGCCCUGAAUGAUAAAUAGAUUCAAACAUCAGCGUCUCAUAAAUUGAACCUAUUAGGCUAAAAAACAAGUUUUAGACAUUAAGCCUGUAACUUUAAGCUCAAGUUAAUAACCCAAGGGGAUCCGUAGGUAUAUAAGCAGUUUUAAGGUAUAACUGCUUAUAUAUUCAUGUAUUCAUGGAUCUUCUAACUCUUUACCGAUUUUAGGUCUGAGAAAUAUGUUUUUGGCCACAGGUUCUUUUAAAUCACCCUUUUUGUUUUUUAAAUAGACAUACCAGAUUUUCAUUUCAAGUGAUGUUUUUUUUUUAAGUUUACCAAAGCAGACGUUUUCAUGUGAAUUUCUGUCUUGUUUAUGUUUGUGAUGGUAGGACAGAAAAAGCUUGAAUUCCUCCAAAAAAGGAGACUUCUUGAUCCCCACCUAGCAUUUACAGUAAACAUGGGCUUAUUUAUCUACUGUUGUUUUAACCAUUUCCUGAUUGUUUAUCUGCCUCACUUAAAUUAUAUUUGCUCAACUCCUUGGCUAAAGAAUAUGUCUUCAUUUAACGUGCUAAUUAUAACAGCUUAUAUGAAUGUUCAAAAAGUCCCAACAAGCUGUACAUUUUACAUCUGCAGUGGAAAAUGAGGAUAAAACAUGUCUCUAACAGGACUGCAGCUCAUUGUAAAGGGAACAGACAUAUUUUCUUAACUUCUAAAUGUAACAUGUUUAAAAUAUUUCCUUCCUAUGUUCAUUGGAAUGAAACUGGUCCCUUCAGCCAGACCAGCAGCAGCACAGAUCUUCUUUUCUGGACUCCCAUCUUACCGAUUUCACCUGGAGACGCCCUUCAGCAGUAAAUAUGAGAGAGAAGCCCCUCCAUAGGAAUGCAUGAUUCAGGGCUCACAAAGUGAUGUCAUUGAUAGAAACAAAUUGUUUUAUCAGAGACCCUUUAACCCAUUGAAGAGUUACAGAGAAUGUUAAAUUUUCAACCUACUAGGAUCCUUAUUUUUUUUAACAAAUAAAGCACUUUCUUCACUGUUCCUCUUUUUCUAAAAAGGAAAAUGUCAAGUUUUUUUUCUAAGUUUUAAAUUGUGUUGAUGUCAUGUCUUUCAUUUAAAUAAACAU